UUGCAGUACAGUAGACCACUGACGUUUCCCGCGCGCGUUACGUUGUCGCAACACGUUCUAAAUUCAAAAUUGUGAAAGAUUAAAUAAUCAACAAAAUAACAAGGAGGUUGAUAAAAAAGUUUUUAUAUAUUAUUUUAAUGUUUUAGUGACAAAUGUUUAAUUUGGAAUGUAUAUAUAUAUAUUUGUGCGAUAGUUACAAAAUGUGACUGUGCGAAUAAUAUAUAAAAUGAAUUAACUAAAUAUUUAUCAAAAAUCGUGAAAUAUUCUUUUUUCGGUAUACAAUUUGCUUUAAUUAAAAUGCAGAGAGUGACAGAGACGACAUGCGUUCUGGCAUUUUUAUUAGCAUUGGGACCAUCGGGAGUCCACAGCUUCGAACCACGGCCUGAAAUUGGUUAUCCAGCAGGAUUGAUACCAGAAUGUCCAGGUGUUACGAAGAACGCAACAAUCACUCCAGUUAUGAUGAAUAUGUUGCAGAUCAUUGUGCACAGGAUGUCUGACACUGGUGAAAUCAUCAGAAAGCAAUUUCCUAUACUAUCAGCACAUAGAAGCAUACCCAAAGAGAAACACAUAGAUUUCAAGAACAAGAAGACAGUUUUAUACGCCGUCGGUUUUCUGGACAGUUCGGUGUUACCUCAGACUCAAGCCGUUGGAACUGCUUAUUCCAAACGUGGCUACAACGUCCUAAUCACUGAAACGUUCCAAUUUCUGACUUAUAUAUAUCCCAAAUCAGUCCGCUUAACAAGAUUCAUCGGUAAGAAAGUUGGGGAAUUUCUGGUGAAACUUACUGAAUAUGGCCUAACCGCUGAGAACCUUGAACUGGUAGGCGCAAGUCUUGGUGCUCACGUAUCCUCUCACGCAGCUAAAUACUUCUACGCUGCAACCGGGAAAAAGAUAGCCAGAGUAACUGGAUUAGACCCCGCUGGUCCUUGCUACAGAGCGUUACCAAGAGAAGAGAGACUUGAUGCUUCUGACGCUGAGAGAGUAGAUGUCGUUCAUACUAAUAUCGAUGGUUUCGGCAUAGCUGAACGACUAGGUCAUAUAGAUUUCUAUGCAAAUGGCGGGGAAUUUCAACCGAGUGAUAUACCAUACAUACCUUGUCUGGUCAUAUGUAGUCAUAUAAGAGCUAUUUUCUAUUGGUGGCAAGCAUUAGAACAUCCAAAGAAGUUUAUCGGUAUGGAAUGUGACUCCGUCCAAAAUGCAAGACUAGGGAAGUGUAAUAAUGCUGUUACUAAUUAUUUAGGUGCUGCUGCGAAUUUCUCUAAGCCUGGAAUAUAUUUUCUACCAACGCACAAUGAGUUCCCGUACUACAGAGGCAAAGAUGGUUUGAAGAAGGACAAUGAUAUAUUCCAAUCUCUUUUACGAAAGAUCAAUUCGGAUGAUGAGUUCGACGUUUAGUAAGCUGAACAGCUUAAAUUUCGUUUUAAUGUUUACUUAUUUUUAUAAGUACAAAAUAUACGUAUGUGGUAUCUGCAAUUGAAUAAACUAUCUAUGUUCUAAAUUAGUGUUAAUACAUAUGAUUUAUGACGUCAUUUCAAUCAAAGAAAUGUUAUUCAGAAUAACAAUGUCACAUAUAGCCGAUUCCGACCAUUAGAUGAGAAAAUACAAAUAAACUAAAUUUGACAUCGAAUUGACGCGAUAUCAUUGGUCGAGUGAAUAGUCUAUGACAUUGAUUAUGGUUUUGCGAAAAUAUGUAAUUUUGAGCAUCGAUGAAGCUAUAACUGAAACUUUGGAAGUAGAGUUAAGGUGGAUA